ACACCGGCCGCUCUAGCGGCCACAACACUCUGUUAACAGCGACAUGAGUUUGUAUCGUUCUUUUUAUCGAAAGACUUGAACCUGUUCACAUCGUGUGAUUGUGCCUCGCAUUCGACAAACAGUCAGAUUGGUUUAGCCCGAUUAAGAUUUUGCAUUGGUAAUUUCAUUUUUUUUUCUGUUUGCAUUGAACGAAACUAAUUUGCGAUAGAAAAAAAAAAUGCCGCUCGCAACUGAUAUCGAAGUCACAGACGACUUAGAGCUUACAUUCGAUAAAUCGCACACAAAAAAACUAUUCAAAGUCACUCUAAAGAACAAAGGUAAGCGUAGAGUAAAAAUUAAUCAAGUUCGUAGCUAUAGUCGAUCAGUAGCCGUAGUUAAUUUUGAUAAAGAGCAUGCCAUCAUUGAGGCUGGUGAACAAAAAGAAUAUUUAUUUGAAGCAGAAUUGCUGGCAAACAAAUCGACCGAAGGAACAUUGCGAUUCAAUUUCAACAGUCGAAAGCAUGUGACCCGAACAUUCAAACUGGUCGACAAAUCGAAAGCGAUCAAACGUGAAAAUGACACCGCUUUGAAAAGUAUGAACGAAUCGGUCAAGGAGAAUGAAAAGAAGGAAGUCAAGAAAGAUGUCAAAAUGGAUGGUAAAAAGGAGUCCAAAAAGCGUGUUAAGGCCGAAGCUAAGGAAAGAGAUCUUAAAGUUGCUGCAAACGAUGAAGUGAAAAGCGAAAGCAAAAAUAAGGUGAAAAAAGUGGAAGUGCCAAAGCCCACGAGAGGAUUGCUUUACGUUGAUUUGCCGAAAGAAGAUUUGUGCAUAAAGGAAUUUCAUAAAGAGCAUCCACCAGCACUCGAUGUCGAUGAUAAAUUAUCCAUCCGAUUUGAUCGCGAUCAAUGUGAUAAAUCUUGUGAAAUUCUGAUUCGAAAUAACACUUGGAAGCCGAUCCAUUUAGAAGCCAUUCACAUCGAUAUACUGACAGUUACGGUACGUGGUGGCAGUUGCGAAGCGAUCAUCGAGCCAAGAGGCGAAAAGUUGCUCAUUCUCGAUGCGGUCUAUGUACCGGAUAGAUUCGUUGGUGUGGCCAGAGUUGCCUUUCAUUUCAAGCGUAUGACAGUGGUUCGACGGUCGAUUUCCAUCUUCUAUCGCGAAAGGGGGCCCGUCAUCCAGAGGGAACUGUAUGAUAUACCAGAAGAUUUAAUUCACAUGAUUUACGCCGACAAACGAAUGGCAAAAUCGAAAAUGCUUGGUUUUCUCGAUAGCUGGUUGCUUUCGAUCGAGGAAAACUACCCAGAACAUUUUCAUCGUUUGUUGUAUUUGGAGGAAGAAGGAUUGCGCAAGGAAAUCAAAGAAGUGUACAAUGACAAGUACAAAAAAUUCGAAUCGUACUUUGGUGACACAGAACGUUUUAAGAAAGACGACCAAGAAGUUAAGCAAAACUACGCACAUGGAAUUUACGAUUUACAAGUAAAUGAACUCAACGACGAAACACGACCAUCACUUCAAGUGGGUGAUAAAUUGACCGUAAGAAAGCAUUCUGAGCUAGGUGUUAGCUACGAAGGUUUUAUCAUCGAUGUCAAAGAUGUCGAUAUAAUUGUGAUCAAAUUCAAUGAUGAUUUCGUUGCAACAUUCGACCAUUCAGCAUAUUCAAUUGAAUUUGCUUUUUCACGCUCAUAUUUCUUGCGCCAACAUUUCGCCAUUGAUUUGGCAGUAGAAUUGUAUGGCAUGGACAUUCUUAUGCCAAAGGAAAUAAGUUUGCGCGGUGUUCCGCUGUUGGAUAUGCGUAUGAAGGGAAAUAACGGAAUGAUACAGCGCAGAAAUGGAAAACAGCAGCCAUGGUUCAAUGACAAUUUGAACAAGCAACAAAAGCAAGCCGUCACACAAAUCAUGAGAAGCGAUUUGUUAAAUCCAUAUUUGAUCUUUGGACCGCCCGGAACUGGUAAAACGACGACGCUUGUUGAAAUCAUUCUGCAGCUAUUGGCAUCGAACAAAAAGUCGAAAAUUUUAAUCACCACCCAAAGUAAUAGCGCAUCGAAUCUCAUCACACAACGUUUGAUUCAAUCGAAACAACUCCAUUCGGACAGUUUGCUACGCUUGAUAUCUCACAAUUACUCGAGUCGAACCGAAUUCAUUCCAGACGAUGUCGCAAUGUACAGCAAAACCAUUAAAGAUUUGGAAGAAAUAGAACAAAAAAAGAUGACUUUCUUCGAACGACUCGAACUCGUGAAGAAAUACCGUGUUGUCAUUGGAACAUUUUCGGCCGUUUCAAAGUUGCUUGAAGCAGCUUCGCUUCGCAAUCACUUUACUCAUUCAGUAAUCGACGAAGCGGGUCAGUGCACUGAAACUGAUGCACUUGUACCAAUGGUGUUGGUUGGUAAAGGAGGUCAAACCAUCAUGGCUGGUGAUCCGAUGCAAAUGCCGCCGUUAGUAAUAAAUUGGCAUGCAAACACCCGAGGCCUAGCUGUGUCAAUGCUUGACCGUCUCAUCGAAUGCUACUCUAAUUUCAACAAUGACGAUGCGGGACAUAAGAAAUAUUUUGGUCCACGUUUGAUUUCGAAUUUGGUUCACAGCUACCGUUCAUUGCCAUCGCUUUUGGCAUACACCAGCCAGAAUUUCUACAGAUCUGAAUUAAUUCCAAUGAUCGAUGCCGAAACCAGUCGCGAAGCCAAACUACUGAAGCAUUUGCAUGGAAUUUUCCAAGAUAUGGAAAAACCAGGCACAUACGGCAUCCAUUUCGUGAAUGUCGAUGAUAGCCGCAAUCAAAAAUGGAAAACAUCGUGGUACAACAUUUCCGAAGUUCAUGUGUCCGUUAAACUCGUGGAGGAGCUAAUCCAAUCCGGGUUAAGUGAAGAAGAUAUCGGCAUCAUCACACCGUACUCAGUUCAAUUGCGAGCCCUGAAAAAGUACCAUAACAAACAAUUCCCUAAGCCGAACAUGAAAAUUGGUACGAUCGAAGAUUUUCAAGGAUUGGAACGAAAAGUCAUACUGAUAUCGACCGUUCGAACAUGCUCUACCGAAACUGCUGUCGAUGUCAACAGACGAUUGGGCUUUGUUAAAUGUCCAAAUCGCAUAAAUGUGGCUACGUCACGUGCACGUGUGAUGUGUAUCGUAAUCGGAAAAGCGGAUUUGUUAUCACACGACAAACAUUGGCAAGCAUUGAUCGCUGGAUGCAAGGAAAAUCACACAUACACCGAAUCGAUCAUGAAGUACAACUGAACCGUGUGUUCAAAGACCAAUUGCAUGUCAUGAAGUAAAAUCAUAAUGUAUGCUCAGAAGCACAUAUAACGAAAAAUUACGUUUGAUUUGAAUGUUCCGAACGUAAUUUGAAUAUUUUCUUAUUGAAUAUUGUUCCAAUAGAUAAAAAAAACCUGUUAAAAUAUUGAAACAAAAGCCAAAAUUGUUAACAAAAAUAAGUUUUCCAUGAGAAACUGAUUGUAGAAUUAACAAGAAAGCAAGAUUGAAACCACUCAGAUUGAAGCAUGAAAAUAAAUUGAACAAUGACAACCGAUUGUCAGGUUUUGCAUAAAAACCGUUAAA